GGAGCUGAAAGCACUGAUACAGAAAGACGUUUCUGACUCCUCCCUGACCUUCAGCCUGCUGGGGGAGAGACUGGAAGGCCAGCCAUGCUAGGGGACAAGCUUCUGAGAAGCGAAGUUCCCCUCCCCAUGACAUACCCAGCCACCUUUCCUGUUGGGUGCGGUAGCACCCUGGGAGCUGGGUAUCUAGAUGAUGGUGGAGGUAUUAGCGAUGUGGCCAUCCGGCGACAGGCAGCAGAGAGGCCCGAAUCUGAGAAGCUCUGCCCUCCGGAUCAGAUAACCUAUCGCACUCCCAGAGGCCCCCUCCUCCUGAAAGGACUUUAGUCUUUGGAGCUGUCACCUGAGCUGAGCAGGACAAGAGCUCUGCUGGGCCGGCCACGCAGCGAAGGAAGGAGGAAACCCAGGCCAGGGCUGCCUGCUGCCCGCCGGAGACCCCACCAUGGAGCCAGGCGCGGCCCGUCUGCGUCUGCAGAGGACAGAAGGGCUGGGAGGGGAGCGGGAGCGGCGACCCUGUGGAGACAGAGAUGGGGAGUGGCGACCCUGUGGAGACAAAGAUGGAAACACUGAGACGCACAAAGCCCCGGACUUGGUGCAAUGGACCCGACACGUGGAGGCUGUGAAGGCACAAUUGCUGGAGCAAGUGCAGGGACAGCUGAAGGAGCUGCUGGAUCAGGCCAUGUGGGAGGCCAUACAGUCCUACCCAUCACAACACAGACCUCUGCCCCCUGCUCCCCCAGAUUCCUUGAGCAGGACCCAGGAGCCAUCCUUGGGAAAACAGAAAGUUUUCAUCAUCCGAAAGUCCCUGCUUGAUGAGCUGAUGGAGGUGCAGCAUUUCCGCACCAUCUACCACAUGUUCAUCGCCGGCCUGUGUGUCUUCAUCAUCAGCACCCUGGCCAUCGACCUCAUUGAUGAGGGCAGGCUGCUGCUGGAGUUUGACCUACUGAUCUUCAGCUUCGGACAGCUGCCGGUGGCGCUGGUGACCUGGGUGCCCAUGUUUCUGUCCACCCUGCUGGUGCCGUACCAGGCCCUGCGGCUGUGGGCCAGGCCGGGGGCUGGGGGCACCUGGGUGCUGGGGGCGGGCCUGGGCUGCGCGCUGCUGGCUGUCCACGCCGUGGUCCUCUGCGCGCUGCCGGUCCACGUGGCUGUGGAGCAUCAGCUCCCGCCGGCCUCCCGCUGUGUCCUGGUCUUUGAGCAGGUUAGGUUCCUGAUGAAAAGCUACUCCUUCCUGAGAGAGGCUGUGCCUGGGACCCUUCGUUCCAGAGGAGGUGAGGGGAUCCAGGCCGCCAGUUUCUCCAGCUACCUCUACUUCCUCUUCUGCCCAACUCUCCUCUACAGGGAGACUUACCCCAGGACGCCCUACGUCAGGUGGAAUUAUGUGGCCAAGAACUUUGCCCAGGCCCUGGGCUGUGUGCUCUAUGCCUGCUUCAUCCUGGGCCGCCUCUGUGUUCCUGUCUUUGCCAACAUGAGCCGAGAGCCCUUCAGCACCCGUGCCCUGGUGCUCUCUAUCCUGCAUGCCACGUUGCCAGGCAUCUUCAUGCUGCUACUCAUCUUCUUUGCCUUCCUCCAUUGCUGGCUCAACGCCUUUGCCGAGAUGCUACGAUUUGGAGACAGGAUGUUCUACCGGGACUGGUGGAACUCAACGUCCUUCUCCAACUACUACCGCACUUGGAACGUGGUGGUCCAUGACUGGCUGUACAGCUACGUGUAUCAGGAUGGGCUGCGGCUCCUUGGUGGCCGGGCCCGACGGGUAGCCAUGCUGGGUGUGUUCCUGGUCUCCGCAGUGGCCCAUGAGUAUAUCUUCUGCUUCGUCCUGGGGUUCUUCUACCCCGUCAUGCUGAUACUAUUCCUUGUCUUUGGCGGAGGGAAGCCAGAAAGACAAGGCACAGAUAUCUGGAGCUGGAGUGAAAACCUUUCCUCCUGUACUAGGAAUGUUGAACUUCAUGAUGCACGACCAGCGCACCGGCCCGGCGUGGAACGUGCUGGUAUGGACCUUGCUGUUUCUGGGCCAAGGAAUCCAGGUCAGCCUGUACUGCCAGGAGUGGUAUGCACGGCGGCACUGCCCCUUAACCCAGACAACCUUCUGGGGGCUGGUGACACCUCGAUCUUGGUCCUGCCACAUCUAGAGAUCAGGGCACCCUUACUGCCCAGGUGACACCACCAAGUUCUCUGCCUGCAAAGCCUGGGACCAGGACUCUUCUCUGAAUUCCCCAACUUGGCUCUGAGUCAAGGCGACCUGCACACAAGACCCCACCAGGGAAUUGCAAGGGCUGAGAUCUGCAGACCUGUAGGUAGCUGAGCACAGACCUCAGCAUAGGGGUAAGAGGGGUGACUCUUCAGGCCCUAUCCCCGUGGACUGGGUACAGCAGACCCUCCCACCCCAUGACUCUCUUGAGGAGACUUGGAGGACUGUACGGAUUCGAUGAAUGUGAAAGAACUCAGAGGAACUGGGGCCACCAAGGUUUGAAAAGGGUUUGGUUCUUGACUUUGUAUUUCUUCCAACAGCAAUAAACUCCGUCUCCCUUUUUAUCCAUUCAUUCAUUCAUCA